UUUAGGAAUUUGUAGGAUUUUCUUUAGGGUUUACGCUCUCUUCCCUGUGUUCCCUCCCUUCACGUCGUUCUUGACUCGACCAUGGACGUCGUUAAGAAGCGAAAGAUGGACGAAAACGGCGUCCCUCUUACCGACUCCGACGAUUCUUUGUUAAAACUUUCACCGGAAGAUGCUCGCAAGAUCAUCGAACGGUUCACUCCGGAUCAACUCAUCGACAUUCUUCAAGACGCGGUUUCCUGUCAUUCGGAUGUGCUUGACGCAGUACGUUCUGUUGCUGAUCAAGAUGUUGCUCAGCGUAAGCUCUUUAUUCGUGGGCUUGGUUGGGACACUACGACCGAUGGUCUCCGGAAGCUUUUUUCUAUAUAUGGCGAAUUGGAAGAGGCCGUCGUUAUUCUAGAUAAGGCCACGGGGAAGUCGAAAGGGUAUGGGUUUGUUACGUUUAAGCAUGUUGAUGGUGCUCUACUGGCUUUGAAAGAGCCGAGUAAAACGAUUGAUGGGCGUGUCACUGUGACUCAAUUGGCAGCUGCAGGAAAUACUGGGUCUAACUCCAACGCCCCCGAUGUGUCGAUGAGGAAAAUUUACGUGGCUAAUGUGCCGAUUGACAUGGCUGCUGAUAAAUUGCUUGCGCAUUUUGUUCUGUACGGGGAGAUUGAGGAAGGGCCUUUGGGGUUCGAUAAGCAGACGGGGAAGUGUAGGGGUUAUGCAUUGUUUGUCUACAAGAAGGCGGAGGGUGCACAAGCGGCGUUGGUGGAUCCGAUUAAGACUAUUGAAGGGCGACAAGUAAGCUGUAAAUAUGCCAAUGAUGGAAAGAAGGGAAAGCCUGGAGGUUCUGGGCCUGAUGGCGUUCAGGGCUCUGUUGGUAAUCAAGGUAAUGUUCAUGGAGAUGGGAUGGGUAUGCCUUCGCAGGCUCCGAUGCCUGGUUCAAUGGGUGGACAGUAUGGGGGACCUGGCGGUCUUGGAUCAUACGGUGGGUUUUCAGGAGGUCUCCAUGGUCCACCACAGCUUGGGCAUAAUACGCUGAACUCGUCGUUGGGACCAGGCUUGUCUUCUAUGGGUAGUCAAACACAAAAUUCUCUGAAUGGUACUGGUGGGUAUGGUGGUGGGCUUGGCGGCGGCCCUUACGGUGGUGGAUACGGUGGUCCUGGGUCAACUGGCUUUUCUGGUCUGAGUGCUGGUCCAGCCGGCGGCCAGGGAAGUUCCGGUGCUGGAACGGGAUCUGGUUUGUACAGGUUGCCCCCGAAUUCUGGGGGAGUUCCUUCUAAUGGUUAUCCAGAUAGUUUGCCAUAUAGUUUAUCGUCUUCGUCUGGUUAUCUAAAUCAGCACCCACACACCACGGGUACAUCACCGGCGCCCCGAGUGCCGCCUGGGGGCAUGUACCCUAAUGUGCCGCCAUUUUAUUGAGGUUUAUAAUAACUUCUCUAUGUGGCUGUAUUUGUCCUGCAACCUGUGCCUGUAUGGCUACCCUACAUUUGGCUUGACUAUGUGCGAGUGACAAUGAAGCUCGAGCUGUUGCAAGGCCUCAUGGCGAUACUCCUUGGGAAGGCAAGUGAUAGCAAUAUUGAUUUUCACAAAGAGGGUGAACAAUCUACACGACAACCGUGCUGCAGCUUGCGAUCGAGCAUGGAUUCUCAUGUCUACAAUAGAGAGAUCUAAAAAAAAAGAGGAAGGGAACAUGCAGAGAUGUUUUUUUUUGCUAGCUAAAUAGGGAGGGUGACAGAAAUAUAUUCACAUUCUGUUACCCUGCUUACUAUAUAUGUAGAAUGUGACAUUGUAAUAUUAAAAUUGAGUUUUUAGAAAUUAUUUUUAA